AUGGGCAGCCGGCCCCGCAGCCCCAGCGCCUCCCCUGUGGACCGGUGGGGACCGCAGCCCGGAGGACCGGGCCCUGCUAAGCGCCGCCGAACGGAGGAGCCCGCGGGCCCCGAGUCCAAGUCCAAGGCGGCGCCCAGCCUGGACAACCUGACCUGGCCCCCGACCGCGGACACGCUCAUCUUCGUGGUGGUCCUGCCCGCUGGCUGUGCCCUGCACGUGUCCCUGGACGACGUAGACCUGCUGCUGGAGCCCGAGCCAACGUCCGUGAGGCAAGUGUCUCUCGGAGAUCGCAUCCUCAUGCUGGUCCCCGAGGCCCUCCUGGGCUCGGGAGUGGAAGGCCCGUGGGGACAGGGCCUGGGACGGGGCGCUUUCCUGAAUGCUCCCGUAGAGUACAUGGCCCUGGAGCCGGGAUUCUUGUGCCCAGCUGUCCCAGAGAUCGCCUGCCAAGAAGAGGUCAACGAGGAGGAAGCGGAUGCUGACGCCGACUUCCUGCCGGCUGGGACGGAUGCUGCUGCAGUCUCGGUCUCUGGGCUCCGCCCCUUGGCUGGAUGUAUGUCUGGCUUCGACCUGUUGGGCCUAGUCUCAGAGCCAUCCCCGCGGGCCCCCAACACUAGUUCAGAGAGAGGCUCUCCUCACCACGACAACAACCUGGACUUGCACCUUCCGGAGCCCUUCCCUGACUCACCACUCCAACCUCUACCUCCCUCUCCAAGUCCAGGUCCUCACCAGCGUCCCCAACGCCCUCAUGGUCCUCCACGCAAGGCCCGGAGAUGCCUGUUCCCUGAAUCAACUGCCUCCCACAAUUCCUGGCCAACUGAACGGGCAGCAGGAGAGAGUCUUCUGAUAUUGGCUGUGUGUACCUUGCACACACCGUAA